AUGGCCUCCUCACAAGCCACCCAGGCAGUCCAGUCCUCUCUCGACUCCGUAACCGGCAACCCUGAAACCGGCAUCGCAGGCCUCGUCUUCGUCUCCGUCGACAAGAAUGGCGACACCCUCGCCGCCGCGGCGUCCGGCAACCGCGGCCUAAACUCCAAAGAGCCCAUGACCCUCGACACAGUCUUCUGGAUCGCGUCCUGCACGAAAAUGAUCACGGGCAUAGCGUGCAUGCAGCUAGUCGAGCAGGGCAAGCUCUCCUUGGACGACCCGAGCGCUGUGUACAAACUGGCGCCGGAGCUGGAGAAGGUGCAGUGCUUGGACGAGCAGGGCAAGCUGGUAGAUCGGAAGGGGGAUAUCACGUUGCGGAUGCUGCUGUCGCAUACGGCUGGGUUCGGGUAUACGUUCUUCAACGAGAGGCUGAGGGAUUUUGGGCGGCCGAUCGGGUUGGAGGAGUUUACGGGUGAUGCGAAGGAUCUUCUGAAAAUGCCGUUGGUGAACCAACCGGGCGAUAGGUGGGAGUACGGCAUCAACAUCGACUGGGCUGGCAUCCUCGUCGAGCGCGCCAGCGGCAUGAAGCUGAACGCGUACUUCCUGAAGAACAUCUUCGAGCCGCUUGGCCUGAAGAACAUAACCAUGUUCCCCAACGAGGAGAUGAAGUCCCAGCUCGCCUCAAUGCACCAGCGCUGGGGAAGCGGCAAGCUUGAGGAGCGAGACCAUCUUUACCGACGCCCUCUGAUGGCAGAGACAGAAGAGGAGCAGGAUCGCAUCUUCAACUCGGGCGGCGCUGGCUGCUUCGCUAAGCCCGCGGAAUACUGCCAAAUCCUAGCUACCCUCCUCAACAACGGCACCCACCCCAAAUCCGGCGCCCAGAUCCUCAAGAAAGAAACCGUAGACACCAUGUUCGAGAACCAAAUCCCGCAAUUCCCCGACUUCGCCCGCCAAGGCAUUCCCGCCGCGAAGCCCGACCAGACCAACCCGGCGCCCGAGCUGCUGCCGCAAGAGGGCAACCCGCCGCAGGGCUGGGGCCUGACGUUCUUCCUCACGAGCACGGAGCUGGGGAUGACGGGCAGAGCGCCGAACUCGGCGUGGUGGGCCGGGCUCGCGAAUCUGUUCUGGUGGGCCGAUCGGGAGAAGGGCGUUGCGGGCAUGAUUGCGAGUCAGGUGCUGCCGUUUGGGGAGUUGCAGGUUAUGGGUCAGUGGUUUGCGUGCGAGAAAGCGGUUUAUGAUUCGUUGAAGUCGUGA